AUGAGCCUUCUUCACAGUUUCAUCAUCUUCAUGUUCAUCGCCAUUGCCACGGCAAGCGCGAUCCCCCAGGACUGGUCUGACCCCGGUUUUAAACCAAAGCCCGCGGGCGUCACUGGCGACAUGAAGGCUAUCAAGGUCAACAAGGGCUGUGCUUGUGCUGCAUGGAGUACCGAUCUCUGUGGUGGCAGCGAUCCCAUGAACGGUAUCAAGUUUUGGGAGUGGGCAGAAGAUGGGGCCAAGAGCAAGACUUUCAAGCAGGAUGAUCAUGUGAGAUGGUACAAGUGUCAACGCAUUUGA